GCGUGAUGGACUGACCCCGGCCAAUUCAGAGAGGAUCAGCCUACGCCACCCUCAGACGCCUUCUGUGACUGGAGCUACCAACAGCUCCCAUGCCGUGUUACCGAGUUUCUCAGUGGUAACCAAAGUGACAGCCAUGAUGUAAUGUUUGGUUUUCUCGUAUCUGCACUUCAACUAUUUUAUUGCCGUUUUCGGCGUCUGACCUCUGGUCUGUUGAAGGAGGAAGGAUUAUUCACGCAGUAGGCUGCCGUUGGUUAUAAAACGAAGCUCGACCCUUCCUUCCUCAAUCGAUUAAUACGAACCACCUUCACACAACUGCAGAGCAAUUGAAAAAUAACCGUUCAAUUUCGCCGAGAAGAUAAUCCUUUACGUACCUAAUUAAUCACCAUGUCACUCAAGACGAUCUUCACCGUUCUCCUCGCCUCCCUGGCGCAAGCAUCACCCGUGCCCGAGCACGAUCAGAUCGGUGGUGUGCUCAUCUGCAACGACCCCAACGGCCAAGGCCACUGCGAAUAUGCCGUCUACGAGCUCGAGAAGUGCUACGACCUGCCCGAGGCGCUGAUCAACAACGCCGCGACCUUUGCUCCCGACGACGCGCCCUUCUACUGCUACCCCCGUCUCACGGAAUGCGGCGGCCUCUGCAUGUCGCCGACAGGAUGCACCUUUGGCGCCGUGUCAUACGACUACGACAACAAGUUCAACCUGACCAGGAUUGGGUGGAACGAGUACAUCACGUCGUUUGACUGCUAUCUCAACCAGACAGAGGAUGCGACUGCGCGUAUUUAGGUACUUUUGAAGUACUUGGGAUGUCAAGAAGGGACGGGAGUGGUUCGGUCGGCAUUGGCUUCGGUGUUCGGCGAUGACGGCAUGUCAUUGUGGGGUUCCUUUUCUUGUCCCUUUUUACCCCGCCAUCGGCAAGUCAAUUGGCGGGGUAGCUAGACGGGAGUUGAUGGUUUGAAUUCGGAGCUUUACUGUCGGGUGUAACGAAUGAAGGUAAUAGAUAAUUAGACGAGGUAGUCCGGAAGUAAUUAAACCUCCUUCCCCAUUC